GGCAAUUGUUUGUCCAUCUAAAGCAUAUAUUUACUUUACUUUAGACUGCGGGAUGGAGGAAGUAGAACAAAAAAGAGGCAAAUUUUAACGUAGAGUACUCAAAGUGAACAGUAAAUAGUUCAAGAAUUCUUGAUAACAACAAGCCACGUGGCACAUGUAACAAAUACUUUAAAAGUCGCUCUAACUUUUACAAAUUUCAUAUAAAAAGCUAUCUGAAAAAUCCGAGGAGACUAAAUUCAGUCGAUGAAUUUCUUUGUUGUGCCACUGAUAAUUUAUGGAGUCUAAAUUUCAAGGGCAGAAUUUCUUCUCCACCAAUACCUGUAGAUUUUUAAAGACAAAGACAGAGGAUCCCACCACUUCGUGUAAGUUUCUCAGCAUCUUCUUUCCACUCGACCAUGACAAAGUUUGAUAAAAUGGACUCUUGGGAGUUUGACUUCUCCCCACUGUGAAUGGUUUGCUUAUUGCAUGCUGAUGUAGAGAAGUUCUCCCACAACUGGUCUGCUUAGGGAGAGUGCCCCUGGUCCCCUAGGUCAGCCUUUGUAAACAGAAUAGACUUCCCUAUGCCUUUGAAUAUGGUCUUUCCGUUUUCUCAAAAUUGUAGUGUAAUCUGCGCAUGGUAGGUAGAAACACCAUGCCAGAUUUUCUUCCUUAGCCCAAGAUCAUCUAGGUCUUGUGCAAUUCACAGGGGAAAGGAGUAGUAUGCAGGACAUGCGAAAAUUCUCCUUACCAUGUGGUUCUUUCACAUUGCUGUUCCUUUAAGAUAACUCUUAGGCAAUUCUGCAUAUGAAAAUGCAGCCUAUUGUCAAAUCUGUGAAUUAUAAAGCGUUCCGAUCCCGCAACAUUGUAUAUUUUGUUUGCUUGUUUCUGUCUGCCCCAACAUUUAGAAGUCUGGUACUUAGACUGGGCUGGGUAGAAAAAGGAUGUGGUCUUAAUAGAAACGCGGGUAUUCCCACAACCCUGCCUCCUUCAAGUAGGUGAAUCCUAAACCUUUAGAAACGAACCCCCAGAAACCCUAAACCUUAAACCUUCAGAAACAUUGAGGGUCCUAAAUAACCUUGUUAGUGAAACUUCGCAGGAAGCAGCUGGUCCUGGAGACGCAGAGGCUCCAGCGGUCCGGGCAACCUGGAGGGCAGUGGCUCAGUGGGCUGCACGGGGUUCCCGCGGGGCAGGUGCGCGGCCGUGCGCGCCUGCGCGCAGGUCCCUCCUAAGCCCCGCAGCGGGCGCGACCCCGGGCGGCGGGCUGCAGGCGCUCCACGCCGGGUUUUCCGCCGCUCUCCUAGCACAGACAGUCCCACAGCAGCCCCACAGACACACACGCUCGCGCCGCGCCUCCUCGGCUGCACUUCAAAGCGAGUGGCGCCCGGCUGCUCCGGGGGGAUGGCACUGCGAGGUGGCGGGGCCCCCGGGGCAGAGCCCGAGGGGAAGGACACGGCGGUUGGCAUGGACAGGCUUUUGCAAUUCGGAAUCUUUUCGUAAGGGGGUUGAGGAGGAGCCAGGCAGCGCUGAGGGCCGAGAGGGGCGUGAGGGGGAGUGUUCCCGGAAAGCUGCGGCGUUGGAGCCGCGCUGCGCCUGCCGCCCGAGGAGUUGAGAAAGAAAACAGGAAACGUGGUGGCCGCGCACCCGGCCGCGGCUGAUUCAUUCGCUUCAAGUGCCGUGCAGAAGGCUCGGCAGGCGGGGCGGGCGUGGGGCCGCGGCUCCGGGCCGGGGACCUAGGAGAUCGGGCUGUGGACCAGACGCUCCUCUGCGGGGCGGACACCAAAGCGCGCGCGCCAUCCCCUCGCCAUCCGCUAGAGUCGGGCUCCUGGACUGGGACUUGGGCCCGCCGCACAGUUGAAAAGUCGCAUAGUGGUUUUUACGCCCGCGUCGCCGUGUGAAAGUUGGCUCGCCGCUCUUUGCACGCCCUCCUUGGAGGCCGACCCGUCACGCCAAGCUGGAGAGACCGUGCCUCCCCGAGGCCAGCCGCCCCGCGAGCAGAGCCUCCGCCCCCGUUGCACUGCCGGGCUGGGCAAUAUGAAGGAGCAGCCCUCAUGUGCCGGCACCGGGCAUCCGAGCAUGGCGGGGUAUGGCAGGAUGGCCCCCUUUGAACUCACUAGCGGACCCGUGAAGCGCUUGAGAACUGAGUCCCCCUUUCCCUGUCUCUUCGCAGAGGAGGCCUACCAGAAACUGGCCAGCGAGACCCUGGAGGAGCUGGACUGGUGUCUGGACCAGUUAGAGACCCUACAGACCAGGCACUCCGUCAGUGAGAUGGCCUCCAACAAGUUUAAAAGGAUGCUUAAUCGGGAGCUCACCCAUCUCUCUGAAAUGAGUCGGUCUGGAAAUCAAGUGUCAGAGUUUAUAUCAAACACAUUCUUAGAUAAGCAACAUGAAGUGGAAAUUCCUUCUCCAACUCAGAAGGAAAAGGAGAAAAAGAAAAGACCAAUGUCUCAGAUCAGUGGAGUCAAGAAAUUGAUGCACAGCUCUAGUCUGACUAAUUCAAGUAUUCCAAGGUUUGGAGUUAAGACUGAACAAGAAGAUGUCCUUGCCAAGGAACUAGAAGAUGUGAACAAAUGGGGUCUUCAUGUUUUCAGAAUAGCAGAGUUGUCUGGUAACCGGCCCUUGACUGUUAUCAUGCACACCAUUUUUCAGGAACGGGAUUUAUUAAAAACAUUUAAAAUUCCAGUAGAUACUUUAAUUACAUAUCUUAUGACUCUCGAAGACCAUUACCAUGCUGAUGUGGCCUAUCACAACAACAUCCAUGCUGCAGAUGUUGUCCAGUCUACUCAUGUGCUAUUAUCUACACCUGCUUUGGAGGCCGUGUUUACAGAUUUGGAGAUUCUUGCAGCAAUUUUUGCCAGUGCAAUACAUGAUGUAGAUCAUCCUGGUGUGUCCAAUCAAUUUCUGAUCAAUACAAAUUCUGAACUUGCCUUGAUGUACAACGAUUCCUCAGUCUUAGAGAACCAUCAUUUGGCUGUGGGCUUUAAAUUGCUUCAGGAAGAAAACUGUGACAUUUUCCAGAAUUUGACCAAAAAACAAAGACAAUCUUUAAGGAAAAUGGUCAUUGACAUUGUACUUGCAACAGAUAUGUCAAAACACAUGAAUCUACUAGCUGAUUUGAAGACUAUGGUUGAAACUAAGAAAGUGACAAGCUCUGGAGUUCUUCUUCUUGAUAAUUAUUCCGAUAGGAUUCAGGUUCUUCAGAAUAUGGUGCAUUGUGCAGAUCUGAGCAACCCAACAAAGCCUCUCCAACUGUACCGCCAGUGGACAGACCGGAUAAUGGAGGAGUUCUUCCGCCAAGGAGACCGAGAGAGGGAACGUGGCAUGGAGAUAAGCCCCAUGUGUGACAAGCACAAUGCUUCCGUGGAAAAAUCACAGGUGGGCUUCAUAGACUAUAUUGUUCAUCCCCUCUGGGAGACAUGGGCAGACCUCGUCCACCCUGACGCCCAGGACAUUUUGGACACUUUGGAGGACAAUCGUGAAUGGUACCAGAGCACAAUCCCUCAGAGCCCCUCUCCUGCACCUGAUGACCCAGAAGAGGGCCGGCAGGGUCAAACUGAGAAAUUCCAGUUUGAACUAACUUUAGAGGAAGAUGGUGAGUCAGACACAGAAAAGGACAGUGGCAGUCAAGUGGAAGAAGACACUAGUUGCAGUGACUCCAAGACUCUUUGUACUCAAGACUCGGAGUCUACUGAAAUUCCCCUCGAUGAACAGGUUGAAGAGGAGGCAGUAGGGGAAGAAGAGGAAAGCCAGUCUGAAGCCUGUGUCAUAGAUGAUCGUUCUCCUGACACGUAACAGUGCAAAAACUUUCAUGCCUUUUUUUUUUUUUUAGCAGAAAAAUUGUUUCCAAAGUGCAUGUCACAUGCCACAACCACGGUCACACCUCACUGUCAUCUGCCAGGACGUUUAUUGAACAAAACUGACCUUGACUACUCAGUCCGGCGCUCAGGAAUAUCGUAACCAGUUUUUUCACCUCCAUGUCAUCAGAGCAAGGUGGACAUCUUCAUGAACAGCGUUUUUAACAAGAUUUCAGCUUGGUAGAGCUGACAAGGCAGAUAAAAUCUACUCCAAAUUGUUUUCAAGAGAGUGUGGCUCAUCAGGCGGCCCAAAAGUUGAUUGGACUUGGGGUUUCUAUUCUUUUUAUUUGUUUGCAAUAUUUUCAGAAGAAAGGCAUUGCACAGAGUGAACUUAAUGGACGAAGCAACAAAUAUGUCAAGAACAGGACAUAGCACGCAUCUGUUACCAGUAGGAGGAGGAUGAGCCACAGAAAUUGCAUAAUUUUCUAAUUUCAAGUCAAGUCUUCCUGAUACAUGACUGAAUAGUGUGGUUCAGUGAGCUGCACUGACCUCUACAUUUUGUAUGAUAUGUAAAACAGAUUUUUUGUAGAGCUUACUUUUAUUAUUAAAUGUAUUGAGGUAUUAUAUUUAAAAAACUAUGUUCAGAACUUCAUCUACCACUGGUUAUUUUUUUCUAAAGAGUAACUUGCAAGUUUUCAGUACAAAUCUGUGCUACACUGGAUAAAAAUCUAAUUUACAAAUUUUACUUGCACCUUAUAGUUCAUAGCAAUUAACUGAUUUGUAGUGAUUCAUUGUUUUAUAUACCAAUGACUUCCAUAUUUUAAAACAACAGAAAAACAACUUUAUGUUGCAGGAAACCCUUUUUGUAAGUAAGUCUUCAUUAUUUACUUUGCAUUUUGUUUCACUCUUUCCAGAUAAGAGUUGCUCUUCACCAGUGUUUUUCUUCAGUGUGCAAAGUGACUAAUUGUUCUAUAAUACUUUAAUGUGUGUUAUAUCAAAUAUGUCUUAAGCUUCAUGCGAAUUCAGUCAUCAGCUGGUGUUGUCUGAAGCAAGUGGGAGAUAUAUAAAUACCCAGUAGCUAAACUGGUCAGUGUUUUUGAGAUGUUUUCCUACUUAGUAUCUCCUGAUAACGUUUUGCUGUGUCAAUAGACAUGCAUUUCACAAGUGCAUAUCUUUCUAAUAAUCUGCACAUUUCAUGCUCAUUUUUAUUGUUUUUACAGCCAGUUAUAGUAAGAAAAAGGUUUUUCACCUCGUGCUGCUUUAUAAUUUAGUGUGUGUUUGAACCUCUAUCCAUGUUUGCUAGAUGAGGUCUUGUCAAAUAUAUCACUACCAUUGUCACCAGUGAAAAGAAACAGGUAGUCAAGUUAGGGUUAACAUUCAUUUCAACCAUGAGGUUGUAUAUCAUGACUAGAUUUUACUCUUGGUUUACAGAGAAAAGUUAAACAGCUAACUAGGCAGUUUUUAAGAAUAUUAACAACAUAUUAACAAACACCAGUACAAUAACUAAUCCUCUUUGGUUUUAAUGAUUUCACUAUGGGAUUAAGAACUAUAUCAGGAACAUACCUGAGAAAUGGUUUUAAGUAUAGCAACUACUCUUCCUUAAUGGACAGCCACAUAACAUGCAGGAAUUGCUUUAUCACUUAUCCUCGAUCUAUAAGCAUAUCUUGCAGAGAGGAACUACUUCUUGAAACACAUGGAGGGAAAGAAGAUGAUGCCACUGGCACCAAAGGGUUAGUACUGUGAUGCAUCCUAAAAUAUUAGAUUGGUAAAAAUUCUGCUUAAAUAAAAAAUUAGAGCUCACUCUUGGCUGACUUCAUCACCAGGAACUGUAUUACAGUUUUAGAAAUUAAUUCCCAGUGUUUACCUGAUUAUAGCAGUUGGCAUCAUGGGGCAUUUAAUUCUGACUUUAUUCCUAUGUCAGUCUUUGUAAUAAAGUCUUUACCUUCUCUCUGAAGACUUUAAAGCCCAAAUAAUCAUUUUUCACGUUGAUAUUCAAGAAUUGAGAUAGAGGCCAAAGUGGGUAUCUGACAAGUGGAAAAUCAAACAUUUAAGAAGAAUUACAACCCUGAAAAGCAUUUCUAUUUGGAACUUCUCAAGGAGCCUUCCAGGGACUGGAAACUAAGUCAUCAGCCAGGGAAAUGACUCAAGCUGAAGACAGUCCCCUGAGAUCUGGCUGAUGCUUAGAUCCUUUGAAAUAAAAAUUAUGUCUUUAUAACUCUGUUCUUUUACAUAAGGCAGAAUAGGAAUCAACUAGUUAAUUGCAAGGUUUCUACUCUCUUUCCUCUGUAAAGAUCAGAUGGUGAUCUUUCAAAUAAAGACAUAUAUUUGACCAAGUAGUUUCACAAGAACAUUUGGGAACUUGUUUCCUUUUAAUUUUAUUUGUCCCUGAGUGAGGUCUAGAAAGAAAGGCAAAGAGUCUAGAAUUUAUUCUUCUUUCCAAAACAUUCUCAUUCCUGUCCUACCUACACUUAGUAUUUCCCCCACAGAGUGCCUAGAAUUUUAAUAAUGAAUAAAAUAAAAAGCAGCAAUAUGUCACUUAACAAAUCCAGACCUGAAAGGGUAAAGGGUUUAUAACUGCACUAAUAAAGAGAGGCUUUUUUUUCCAGUUUGUUGGUUUUUAAUGGUACCACGUUGUAAAGAUACCCACUAACAGACAAUCAAAUUGCAGAAAAGGCUCAAUAUCCAAGAGACAGGGACUAAUGCACUGUACAAUCUGCUUACCCUUGCCCUUCUCUCUUGCCAAAGUGUGCUUCAGAAAUACACACUGCUUUAAAAAAGAAUAUCCUUUUACAAGUGGCUUUACAUUUCCUAAAAUGCCAUAAGAAAAUGCAAUAUCUGGGUACUGUAUGGGGAAAAAUAUGUCCAAGUUUGUGUAAAACCAGUGCAUUUCAGCUUGCAAGUUACUGAACACAAUAAUGCUGUUUUAAUUUUGUCUUCUUUUAUAUUGGUUAAAAUUCACAAUAAUGUAGAUAGAACAAAUUAUAGACAAGGAAAGAAAAAACUUGAAUGAAAUGGAUUUUACAGAAAGCUUUAUGAUAAUUUUUGAAUGCAUUAUUUAUUUUUUGUGCCAUGCAUUUUUUUCUCACCAAAUGACCUUACCUGUAAUACAGUCUUGUUUGUCUGUUUACAACCAUGUAUUUAUUGCAAUGUACAUACUGUAAUGUUAAUUGUAAAUUAUCAGUUCUUAUUAAAACAUCAUCCCAUGAUGGGAUGGUGUUGAUAUAUUUGGAAACUCUUGGUGAGAGAAUGAAUGGUGUGUAUACAUACUCUGUACAUUUUUCUUUUCUCCUGUAAUAUAGUCUUGUCACCUUAGAGCUUGUUUAUGGAAGAUUCAAGAAAACUAUAAAAUACUUAAAGAUAUAUAAAUUUUAAAAACCAUAGCUGCAGGUCUUUGGUCCCAGGGCUGUGCCUUAACUUUAAUCAAUAUUUUCUUCUGUUUUGCUGCAUUUGAAAGGUAAUGGUGGAGCUAGGGCUGGGCAUUUUACAUCCAGGCUUUUAAUUGAUUAGAAUUCUGCCAAUAGGUAGAUUUUACAAAACCACAGACAACCUCUGAAAGAUUCUGAGACCCUUUUGAGACAUAAGCUCUUAAGUACUUCUUGCCAGGGAGUAGCACUGCAUGUGUGAUGAUUGUUUGCCAUCUGUUGAUCAGGAGCUACUUCAGCUACUUGCAUUUGAUUAUUUCCUUUUUUUAAAAAAAACUCGGAAACACAACUGGGGAAAUACAUUCUUUCCCAGUGAUUAUAAACAAUCUUUUUUUAAAAAGUCUUUUUAGCUUCUAGAGCUCAUAGGAAAAUGAACUUGAUUUGAAAUUGGAGCCAGAGUUUACUUGUGUUGGUUAUCUAUUCAUUAGCUUCCUGUCAUGUUAAGAGAAUAUAUUAAAGAGAAAAUACCAUUUUUUAAUCCUAAAAUUUUUCUUCCACUAAGAUAAACCAAAUGUCCUUACAUACAUGUAAACCCAUCUAUUUAAACACAAAGUUGUGUCUGAUGUCAGUUUACAUAGCAGAAAGCAUUCACCAUCCUCUAAGAUUUGUGUCUGCAAAACUUUCAUUGUUUAGAAUUUUAAAAUUUAACCUUGUACAAUGGCCAGCCCCUAAAGCAGGAAACAUUUAUAAUGGAUAAUAUGGAAAUGUCCUCCCACUACUUGCCCAGCCCUUGAAUCACGUGGCUUUUCAGUGAAAGGAAAGAUUCUUUUUCUGGGAAAAAUGAGCCUCCUAUUUUAUUUUAUUUUAUUUUUUGACACAAACUGUAGAUUUUAGCAGCCCUGGCCCAAAGAAAUUUGAUUACUUUUGUUUUAAACAGUACAAAGGGGACACUAUAAUUACAAAAACAUCCUUAACUGAUUUGAGUUGUUUUUAUUUCUUUGGAUAUGUUUUCAGAGUGGUAAAUUGUGUGUGAGAAUUACAAAUGAUUCUUUUAGUGGUUUCUUAGCCUCUCUUACAGCCCACGGGGAUAGUACUGUACAUCAAUACCUUCAUAUGAAAUUUUUAUAUGCAAUGAAAAUAAAAGCAUGGGUUGAUUCUGCCUA